AAAAAUAUUGGUGAGAACGUUAUAAAAAGUUUGGAAGUUGGGAGAUUGGACAUAUUUGGCCACAGCUACCUUAGAAGGAACUUUUAGCAGAGAAGGAGAAACUGUCCUCAAACAAAUAGCCAUCAUGACCCACCAGUUUCCAGCGCUGACUCCAAAGCAGAAGAAGGCUCUGUCUGACAUAGCACAGCGCAUUGUGGCUCCAGGAAAGGGGAUCCUGGCUGCGGAUGAGUCUGUGGGUACUAUGGGGAGCAGACUGCAGAGGAUCAAGGUGGAGAACACAGAGGAAAAUCGCCGUGCCUUCCGAGAGAUCCUCUUUUCUUCGGAUGCCUCCAUCAAUCAGAGCAUUGGGGGCGUGAUCUUUUUCCAUGAGACCCUCUAUCAGAAGGACAGCAAUGGAAAGCCAUUCCCAGAUGUCAUCAAAGACAAAGGCAUUGUGGUGGGAAUACAGCUAGAUAAAGGAUCAGCCCCGCUGGCAGGAACAAAUGGAGAAACCACCAUUCAAGGGCUGGAUGGGCUCGCUGAGCGCUGCGCCCAGUAUAAGAAGGAUGGCGCUGAUUUUGGCAAGUGGCGUGCUGUGCUGAAGAUCACAGAAACAACUCCCUCCACUCUAGCCAUCCAGGAGAAUGCCAACACGCUGGCACGCUAUGCCAGCAUCUGCCAGCAGCAUGGGUUGGUGCCCAUUGUAGAACCGGAGGUCCUACCCGAUGGAGAGCAUGACCUCCAGUGCUGUCAGUAUGUUACAGAGAAGGUCCUGGCUACUGUCUACAAAGCACUGAAUGAUCAUCAUGUCUACCUGGAGGGAACACUGCUGAAACCGAAUAUGGUGACUGCUGGGCAUUCCUGCCCCAAGAAGUACACCCCUCAGGAGGUAGCCACGGCAACAGUCACGGCCCUCGUUCGCACUGUUCCUGCCGCUGUUCCUGGAAUCUGCUUCCUGUCUGGAGGCCAAAGUGAAGAGGAAGCUUCACUCAAUCUCAGUGCCAUCAACCAGUGUUCUUUGCCCAAACCCUGGAAGCUGACCUUUUCCUAUGGACGGGCUCUGCAGGCAUCAGCACUUGCUGCAUGGGCUGGCAAACCUGAGAACAAGAAGGCUACGCAGGAGGCAUUUUGCAAACGGGCACAGAUUAACGGGUUAGCAUCCAAAGGACAAUAUAUUGUCUCUGGGAAGAGUGAUGCAGCUGCGAAACAGUCCCUUUUCACUGCCAACUACACAUAUUAGGGUUGGCUGCAUCGGUUGGGCCUCACUCGUGUUGCACCACUGAUGGCUUGCUACUCAGAGCAGAAGCAGAGGAGUGAAUGAAUUGGGGCAUGAGCACAGGGAGGCCACAC